AUGGCUUCUUACCACACAGUUCCGGUUGAUGAACAACAGUUGCCAGCAACACCAACAUUUCAACCAAGAAAAUCUCGGUCAGCCUUAGCCACAGUAAUGUUGACCAUAUGUAUUGUAACAUUUGUUUUACAGACUGAGCUUGCCCAGUAUGUUCAAAAAACUACAAAUUAUUCGAAACCAUACUUUAUCCUAUCGAUCUAUAGAAAUAUCAUUGAUACAAUAAACAACAGCAAAUCAUCAGUAAAUAACUCAAUCGUCGAGUUACAGUAUAGAGUACAAGGCAAUCACGUUUUUCCUUUAGGUUUCAUCUUAAAAACUAGUCUGUGUCUCUCAAUAUUAUUAACAUUACCCUCGUAUAUCUGGUACCUUAGUGUUAACUUAACAACAAUGUCAAAUUUAACCGCAAUCUAUAAUACCGGUUGCUUUUUUGCGUAUUUAUUUUCGAUCAUCAUGUUACAUGAUCGAAUUGUAGGCGCCAAAGUUGGUGCGGUGCUGCUUUGUAUGUUGGGUGUAUUGGCUAUGGCGUGUUGGCCUCAAGGAACCGAUGACUCUGGUGAUAAU